CCGGACCGCAAGCGCUUUCUAAAACUGGCCAUCAGCUACGGUUGUCCGAGUGCUAACUCUGAACAAGUUUCUCCGCGUUCACAGACAGACCGCAUCAUUUACUCAAGCGUCCGCGGCCAAUGAGGUGUUCAGUUGGAGGAUCGUGCAUGCAGCCUUCGUUUUGCACGUACAAUGUCAUCCCUCGUCGCGUCAUUAGGUUCCAGUUCCAGGACUUUCCAACCGCUCUCAACGGAACUUCGUCUCUUGAGUUCUCACGCUCUGAUCGUUUGUUCUGUGCGAGAUGGCGGUCGCUAUCGCUCUUUACACGUGAUCCCGAAUCUCCAAAAUGGGGACUUUAUGAUAACCUCUUGGCGUUUGUCUCAGUCAAGAAAAUUACUGCGCUUGAUCGGUGCUCAAACUGGGCGCAUCAUGGAACACUCUUGCUCGAUGUGCCGGCAAUCAACGCGUCGUCUACCCCGCUUCAAGACAAUAUAAAUACCUCCAUACAAGCCAGUCCAUAA